UGUGUGGACGGACUGGAUAGUCACUUAACAUCCCUCUUUCCCUCACGUCAGCGUAGCAGCUUGCCCAUGCCAGUGACGUCUACAGUCAGGAGAGAAUGUGCACCUGCACCACGUUAUCAAACUCGGCAAUGCUUCGGCAGCUGGACAUCAGGCACCAGAAGAAAAAGAGCUAUGGCACAGCAGCAUGACCAUUUCAACAAAGAUGUUAUACUACUUCCAACUCCAUCAUGGGGAGUAGUGUGCAAACAAGGUUCAAAAUUAUGGUUACACAAACAUGGGCACAUCCUCAAUGCUUUUGAAUUCCAGAAGACCUGGGACAACCAAACUGUCGUGAAACACAUCAAGGAAAGCUUUGGUGAACGCAUUCCAGAGGAUGUCAGCCUCGAGUUUCUAAUGGCUUGUGGCAAUAAGCUGGUGUCUCCAAAGCUCCAAGAUGGUCAGGAGCUGAAUGGGAUGCUGAUCCUAAAGGUUUUUAAAACCAAAGCCCUCUAUAGUGAAUCAGAUGAAGACAAAGAUCCUUCUUACAUCAGCUCCAAAUCAGCAUUAAGCAGUUGUGCAACUGAUAAGGACAGUGACGAUGAUUGUUUUGAAGUUGAUAGUUCAAAAAUCCAACAAGACAUGAGCAGCCAAGUCACUACAAGGUUAAGAAGUCAUGUUAAAGGUGAUAACCCUGGCACUAGCAGUGAUGAAGAAGAUGAUACUGGGACCAAGUGUAUUAGAAGGAGUGUUGGUAAAAGGCGACGAGCAAAGCAAGGAAGUGAUGGGAACAGCAUUUGUGAUGAAGGCUACAUGGCAAGAAGUGAUGACAAACCUAGCACAAGCAGUCACAGCAGAGAUUUCAAUGCAAGAAGUGAAGACAUCCCAGCCAUCAGUGUUAGUGAUGAAGAUUAUUCUUCAUAUUUAACUCUCGUGGCAUCACUUUCUGGCGAUUCUUCAGAUGAUGAGGAUUUAAAUCAAGCUAUAAUUGCGAGCUUGGAGAAUCAGAUUGCAGAAAAAGUCCCUGUUCAAGAGAUACUGCUGGAACUAUCAAGCAAAAUUAGCACAAAACAGCAGUGCAAAUUUAACAUAAAUCGCUCUGCUGUGUGGGAGGGAGCCUUGCGUGUUUUCAGAGGCUAUCUUAUGAUCCCAACUUGAUGAUCUGUGUGAAAUUCUCAGAUGA